AUGAGUACAGAUCCUCAACAAUAUUAUAAUAACCCACCAGCAACAUCACAUCAACAACAAAAUAGUUAUUUUAUGCAAAAUAAUGAAUUUCCAAUGCCAGUAAGGAAUCCGGGAUCAUAUGCCCCACAACGAUUUAUAACUCAACAAGUGCCUAAUGGUUAUCCACAACAAUAUUUUCAACAAGCAGCUUAUUUACCUGCACCAUUUGUUCCUUCAUCUAAUCCACGAUUACCUAAUCAACCACAUAUUUAUCAAAUUGUUCGACCACAGAAUGAAAAUAUACCUAGUCCACAAGGUUAUAUACCACAAUAUGCUCAAUAUUCACAAGGAAAUGUCAAUAUGGCACAAACAACACCUGUUUUUCAUCCACAACAACAAUUUUUUCCAGCAUCUUAUACGAUACAACCGAAUAAUUAUCAAAUACAACAAACACAAAUUCCUAAUCAACAACAACUACAACAGUCAGCACAAUAUACAUUAUCUACGAAUUUACAACAGCAAGCAGCAAUGCAUCCGCCACAAGCGGCACCACAUCAACAAAUUGAACAACCACAUGUGCCAACAUCUCAGCCCUCAAUGCAACAAAAUAUACCGCAAACGAAUACAUAUGCUGCUCCCCCACCUCCAGAAAAACGUCAAAGAAAACCAUUAGCAAUUGUUGAUCCUGUAUCACAUACAGCUGUAGAUAUUUCAACAACUACGCCAGCUACAAAUCCAGCAUCAUCCGUACCACAUGGUACAACUAAUGAAAAUCGUCAAAAUGAAUCGACUACUGAUUCACCAGCAGCAUCAAAUGUCAAAUUAGUAAAUGAUACAAAUAAAACUCAAAUACAAACUGAUUUUCGACAUAAAAUUGCACAAUUAUUAAUUGAUAAUCCAAGUACUUCAGUAGAUAAGAAUACAACUCAACAAGUUGCAUCUACUGGAUCAAAUGAAGAUUCAUCAACGAAACAAACUUCUACUAAACAAUCAGAAAACAUUGUACCACAAUCAACAUCAUCAGCGUCUUCAUCUCGUUCAGGUUCAGUAUCUCGACCAAAAUCUCCGACACCAGUUCCAUCAAGUGGUAUAUCAGCAACAGGAAGUAAAGAAUCUACGUCAAGUAAAUCAUCUGAACAACCACAACCAGGUUAUCCUGGUAUUCGUACACGAACUAUAACCGAUGAUUUACCAAAAAGUACUAAUAAUAAAACAAAUCAAGAUGAAACCAAAGAUAAACGUGAUCGAAGUGAUUCUCAAAGACAGCAAGAAACUGAAUCAUCAUCAUCAAUUGAAUCAAAUGAAAAAACCAAUAAUGAUUCAAAAUCAACGUCUGAUGAAACAGCAAUUAAACUUGAUGAAGAAAUUACAUCAAAUCAGACAGAUUCUCAUCCAACACCUCUUUUAUCAACAACAGAAUCAUUAGAAUGUGUUACACCUCCACAAACACCAACACAAUUAACAAGUGAUGAUAAAUCUCAAGCAGCAAUAAAUCAACGUUUACGUUAUGAUCGUCAUGAACUUCUACGUAUUCGUGAUAGUUCAGGAGCAUUUCCAGUUCCUUCACUUCCAGAUCUUGAUAUUGUUCUCAAAGGACUUACUAAUCGUCUUUCACAUCCAUAUACAGGUACAAAUAGUCAAGGACGUAAUAUCAAUCCACAAUUUCAUCGACAAAUGUCAUCAAGUAAUCAUCCAUCUUUAACACGUUAUUCAAAUAAUGCUGGCAACAGUGCAAGUGAUUCAAGACGUAAACCAGUUAUUUAUAUACCAAAUGAACCUGAUUUUGAGAAUCGUGUGGCAAAUCCUUAUAAACCACUUGAUCAAAAUAAAGUCGAUGCUAAUAUUAAAGUUUUACGUGAUGUUAAAGCAAUAUUAAAUAAAGUUACACCACAAACAUAUGAUAAAUUACAAAAACAACUUGAAUUAUUAGAAAUUGAUCGUUAUGAACGAUUAGAAGGAAUGAUUACUAUAUUUUUUUCAAAAGCUGUUGAUGAACCAGCAUUUAGUUUUCUAUAUGCUAGAUUAUGUAAACAAUUUCAAAAGAAACAAGUGACUGUGCCGUCAGAAGAUGGUAAAACAGUAACACAUUAUUUUCGUCAAAUAUUAUUAACACGUUGUCAAAAAGAAUUCGAAAAUGAUUAUAGACAAGAAAUCGAAUAUGAUAAAAGAAAAUGUGAAGUCACAGCUAUUACGGAUGAAAAGAAACGUAAAGAAGAAGCUGAAAAAUUAGAAGAAGAUCUUGUUAAAGCAAAACGAAGGAAAUUAGGAAAUAUUUUUUUUAUUGGUGAAUUAUUUAAAUUACAAAUGUUAACUGAUACUAUUAUGUAUGAUUGUAUUGAAUAUUUACUACGUGAUAAAACUGAUGAAGAAAGUCUUGAAUGUUUAUGCCGUCUUCUACGUACUAUUGGUAAAGAACUUGAAGCUAAAGCAAGUGAAAAAACUGCAAAUAAAACAAAUUUAGAAAAACAUUAUCGUGAAUUAGAGGGUAUUACUAAAGACCACAAUAAAGAACAAAAAGCAUCUGCACGUAUUCGUUUUAUGAUUCAAGAUCUUCUUGAAUUAAGACAAGGAUCAUGGGUUCCUCGUCGUGCUGAAGCAAAACCCAUGACAAUUGAUGAAAUUCAUGAACAAGAACGUAUUAAACGUGAACAACAAGAACGUGAUCAAGAACGUGAUCGACAACAACGACGUGACCAAAAUCGUGGUACUGCUAUUGGUAGUGCAUAUAGUGGUGGUAAUCAACAACAGUAUAACGAUGGACGUGGUAGUCGUGGUAGUGGAAUUAAACAACAAACAAGUAGAAAUGAUGAUGAUAGAGUAGAUAAUCGUUUUAAUGUUAAUUCCCUAAGACAAUUACAAUCAACUGAUAAACAAAGUCGAGGACAAUUAGCUAUUAAUUUAGCACCACAACGUACAUGGGCAAAAGGAUCUGGAAUUGAAAAGAAACCUGAAGAAGAUCGUUCAUUUGCUGGACGUGCUGGUAAACCACCUGCUGGUCCAGUUCAACAAAUAAAAGGUAAAAUAGGUUCAUCUCAAGGUGGUCCAUCUUAUCCUCUUCAACGUCAAUCAUCACGUGAAUUAGCACGUGAAAAUAGUCAUCGCGAUCGUGAAAAUGCUUUACAAUCAUUACGAAAAACAACUACUAGUAGUGGAAUAAGUAGUCCAUUAAAUACUGUCGGUAAUUCAUCUAUGGCAAAUUCACGUGAAGGUUCACGUAAUGUUAGUCGUGAACAAUCACGUAAUGCAUCACGUGAAUCAAGUGUUAGUGAACGAGCAUCAAAUGUUGGUUUAACAACACAAUUAAGUAAAACAUCAAUAAAUGAAUCCUCAACUGUAAUUAAUCCCGAUCCAUCAAAUACAUCAUUCGAUGAAGAAAAAACGCAAGCUCGUGUACAUGCAUUAAUUGAAGAAUAUACUGAAAAUUAUUCUGAAUCAACUGAUCGACCUGUUAAAGAAGCAUUAGAAGAUUUAUCUCUUUUCCGUACUCCAAGUCUUGAUCAACAAGCAAUUAUUGUUCGAGAAUUAUUCUCUAAUGUUUUCGAAGCUAAACCACGUGCUCGAAAAGCUGUUGGACAUUUACUUGAUGCUGCACUUAAUGAUGAAAUUAUCUCUACUGACGCUUUUACUUCCGGUUUUAAAAUGACUGUUGAAGCUGCACCUGAUUAUGCAGUUGACAUUCCUUUGAUUUGGCAAUAUAUUGGUGAAAUAAUUGGUGCAUUUAUUGGUGCUCCAACAUCGAAUAUGUCACUAAUAAAACAAAUUUUACAAUCUGCUCCAGAUGAUAAAUCGAAACAAUUAUUUCAAUAUAUUAUUCGAUAUGCAACUGAAUUUUCGUCUCAAUCACGUAUACAAAAAUUUUGGCAAACAUCCGGUUUUUCUAUUAAUGAUGUACUUAAAUCUGAUCUUAUUGAUUCUUCGUUUACAAAAGAAUAUGAUUGGUUAUCUGAUACACCUGAAAGUGAACCUUCAACACCUCAAACAAAAGAAAAUGUUUCUCCACGUGCUGAUUCUCAACUUGUUAAAUUAUUUAAAUCUGUUAAUGAUCAAGGUACAACAGUAACUGAUCCAGAAAUUAUUGCAUAUAUUCGUGAGCAUAUGGAUCCAAAUGAAAAAUUUUAUAUUCGAAAUAUUGUUUUAUCAUAUUUGGAAGCAUGUUUAAUUAAUCGUGAUCCACAAAAGAAAAUUCAAGAAGAUAUUGCAAAAAAACGAAUGACUAUACUCAAUGCAAUUAUUGAACAUAAACCAGAAGCUGAAAUUCAAGCUGUUUAUGCUAUUCAAAAUUUUGUUAAUAAACUUGAACAUCCACCAAAAAUGGCUCGACUACUAUUUGAUAUAUUUUAUGAUGAAGAAUGUGUAAGUGAAGAUGCAUUUUUUGAAUGGUUGAAACAUCCAGAUCAAUCUGAGACAGAAGGACAUGCUGUUGUUGAAAUGUCUACGAAAGACUUUUUUACUUGGUUACAACAAGCUGAAACAGAAGUCGAAGAAGGCGAAGAAGAAGAAGGAAAUUAA